GACUCACCCCUCUACACCCCGCAUUCAUCGAAAUCUACUCAGUAAGAAAGCAGUCUCCUACAGAGAAGCUUAUCGCAUAGUUCCCCAGCUCUCACAACGAGACAACGCAGCCAGCUCAUCUCAGGGUCUCUCUCACUCGAAUCUGCCCCUCAUUCAGGGUAUCAAAAAUCCAACCCCUCAGUCCCUGCUUGUGAUACACCGCCACCCACACCAACAACCCAUCACACAAACGACACACACUUCUCACAAUGAGCCCAUCCAGCGACGUCGCCGACGGCGACACAGGCACAGGCGACCUCUUCGCCGACCCGGAGGACUACUACCCGCCCACCCCGCCACCAACCUUCCAAACCCACACCCUCGCCUCGGGCCGCGUCCUCACCCUCCACCUCGUCGGCUACUCACCCACCGAAGCGCACCACCUCUGGAACGGAAGCCGCGUCGUCUCGGACUAUUUUGAAGCGGAACCCUCACGCGUACAGGGCAAGACGGUGCUGGAGCUCGGCGCGGGAGCGGGCUUGCCGAGUUUGACGGCGGGGAUUCUCGGUGCAGAGCGCGUCGUUGUUUCGGAUUUUCCGGAUGUGGAUAUCGUCAUGACGAUGCAGAAGAAUGUGGAUGAGGCGGGGGAUUUGGAGGGGGUUGUAGUGCCCAAGGGGUAUGUUUGGGGCGCGGAUGUGAAGCCUUUGCUGGCGGAGAUUGUUAAGACUUCAACCGAGGGAGAAGAGAAGAAGGAGGAGGGGAGAAAGUUUGACGUGCUGGUGUUGGCAGAUCUGCUGUUCCGGCACUCUGAGCACGGGAAGCUCGCCGACACGAUCUGGGAUGCGCUGGCGAGGAAGGAGGGGAGCGUGGCUUAUGUGUUUUUCACGUCGUACCGGCCGUGGUUGAGACACAAGGAUUUGGCGUUCUUUGAUGUCGUGAGAGAGAGGGGAUUUCUUGUCGAGCAGGUGUUUGAGAAGAAGAUGGAGAAGCCGCUGUUUGAUGGGGACCCGGGUGAUUUGGAGAUUCAGAAGACGGUGAGCGGGUUUGAGGUGCGAUGGCCGAAGGAGUUGCUGGAGGAGGGCAAGGCAUGAGGGCGUUGGUGAUAGCGGAUAUGAAAGGGAAAGUACUACUUGAUGCCUUGCGGCAUGGUGAUAUCUGAGCCAUGGGCAAGUUGGAUUCGAUGAGAAAUGAACAUGAGGAAAGAACUGGGUGGGCAUAUCUUGACUGGGAUAAACAAAAAGAAUGGGGGUACGAAUGGAAUGGAUAUCAAAAAGAUCCCCUACUGAGGAUGAAAUCAUGGAGAAGGCAUAGAAAUAAA